GGAAAACACAAACCCAAUUCGGCGAGCGAAUCACUUUUUUUUUUCUGGGAUAGAGGAACCUAAUCCUCUUAAUUAGGGUUCCAAGAGGGGUCAUGUUGAAGGAAGAAGAUGAAGAAGCCAGUGCUUUGAUGGGACUCCUUGCUGCUUCACCACCUUACACACCAACCACUUACGGCUGUGAUUCACCGCAGCCGCUGGAAUCUGAAAGUUACGCACCACCAACCACUUACGGCUGUGAUUCACCGCAGCCGCUGGAAUCUGAAACUGGUGGAUCAUCACCAUCACCACCACCUUCCGAGGGUCAUUCACUGCAGCCGCUGGAAUCUGAGUGUUGUGCACCGACAUACGCACCAACAACAAGUAACGAAUCUGAAUGUGCAUACGCACCAACCAUUGAAACCCCUCUCACCACCUCACCGUUGAAAAAGUAUGGUGAGAUAGGGCUGUUUGGUCAAAUUGGACUUCAUUUCUACAAUCUGCACAAGGGCACAAAUUUACAGUUUUUGGAUGUAGCAUUGUACCGUCCUUCCGCAAUGUUUUGUUGGCGUAUAUUAAUAAAUGCGGCAGAGGAACCAAUAGGCAAAUCCACUUGCUACUUCGAUAUAGGAAUUUUUCAUACCAAUAAUAUGGAAGGUUACGGGCGACUUGUUGUAACGCGCUGCUCGUUACGGCCAGAGGCGAAACGAUGUUGCUAUGAAAGAUUUGUGGUGGAUGAUUUCUUCAAAGGUGCUAUGCCCACCUGGAUCUCUGAGGAUGCGCUCACGGGCAGUUGCAAGGGUCAAUACUACGAGUUGACAAAGUCAGAGGUGGAACAAGACAAGGGAUGGCUUCAACUCUACGCUCUGCUCGCAUAUUUGGCCUUGAAAUUGGAAUUUUUCCCGGAGGAAGCGGAUCCAUUUGUGGAGCUGAGAAGGGUAGUUGUGCGAACCAAAGAAGAUGUGGAGCCGAAGAAGAAGGCCAAGGCCAUGUGUGCAAUCUUCUACAUUAGCUUCAGAAAGAGUGACGGUCAAGACUUCAAUGCUAUCAUUAGGAGAACAAUGGUUGAAUUUCCAGGGCAUAUGGAGCUUGAAUUCAAGUGUUUAAUGUGAACCCCCUUCAUCCAUUAUGUAUUAUACCAUUCUCGUCCCAUUAUAUGUAUUUAAGUAUCUUAUCGAUCUAGGUCGUCGGUCGUAUUUGCUUAAUGCUGUGCUUUCUCUUUUGCUUGUGUGCUACUGUUAGCCAUGUAAGGGGGGGAUAAAUGACUUGUGAUUCCACUUUGGUUCUACAUUUCUCUAUAUAUGUAUAAGAUCGUGGGUUUAAUUUAAAGGGUUGUCCUUUAUCCCGCUUGCUUGCAUAUCUUUUCAUCUCUCUCUCUCUCUAGUACAUCAAAAAGACCCAAAACAGAGAAGUUAUAAUUAAAAUUGGAAAAAACACAGUAAAAUCUUUAAAGACAAAU